AUGGAUGGUAUUCCUGGUCGGCCUGGGCCACCAGGCGAGGCCGGCAUUCCUGGCAUUGUUCCGGAAAUUGAACCUCCGAAAGAUACUACGCAGUGCAGAGUAUGUCCGCCAGGACCAGCAGGACAAAUAGGGUAUCCAGGCCCUGUCGGGCCGCCAGGACCACAGGGACAACCGGGUGCCGAUGGUGUUCCAGGACAUCCUGGCCAACUUGGUCCGGUUGGACCACCGGGCGAAAGCGGAGAACCGGGACCAACGGGCAAAGACGGGCCUGUUGGGCCACCCGGAAGAGAGGGUUUGCGUGGAAUUCCCGGUGCUCCUGGUGAACCCGGACCUCGUGGUCCAAUCGGUCCCAAAGGUUUCUUAGGACCUCCUGGUAAUCCAGGAGCACCUGGCAAGCAGGGUCCGCCAGGUCCGCAAGGAGAGCCCGGACAAACAGGGCAGCGCGGUUAUCCAGGCGCUGUUGGUAGUUUCGGUUUGACAGGUUCACCUGGUGAAGAUGCUGGCUACUGUGCGUGCCCACAACGGCGUACUUCUGAUGCUGCCUCGAAAGCGAAACAAUAA